AUGGAUAACACUGCUGUGAUUGCCAUCAUUACUCUCUAUCAUCUGAGACAUUCACCAAAUCCCUUCAUUUCCAGUACAAAGAAGAGGAGUAUGAGGAGAGAGAACCAGAGCAGUGUGUCCGAAUUCCUCCUCCUGGGGCUCCCCAUCCGGCCAGAGCAGCAGGGCCUGUUCUUUGCCCUGUUCCUGGGCAUGUACCUGACCACGGUGCUGGGGAACCUGCUCAUCAUCCUGCUCAUCCGGCUGGACUCCCGCCUGCACACUCCCAUGUACUUCUUCCUCAGCCACCUGGCCCUCACUGAUGUCUCCUUUUCCUCUGUCACUGUCCCAAAGAUGCUGGUGAAUAUGCACACUCAGGGUCAAUCCAUCCCAUAUGCAGGGUGUGUAACACAGAUGUACUUUUUCAUAUUUUUUGGUUGUAUUGAUAACCUUCUUCUUGCAGUGAUGGCAUAUGACAGAUAUGUGGCCAUCUGUCACCCUCUACACUACACCACCAUCAUGAGGGAGGAGCUGUGUAUGCUUUUGUUGGCUGGAUCCUGGCUCCUCUCUUGUGCCAGUGCUCUGACCCACACACUCCUCCUAGCUCAACUCUCUUUCUGUGCCAACAACAUCAUCCCCCACUUUUUCUGUGAUCUCGCUGUUCUGCUCAAACUCUCCUGUUCAGACAUCUCCCUCAAUGAGAUUUUUAUCUUUGCUGUUGGAGGAUUGGUCAUUAUCCUAUCAUUUAUUGGUGUUAUAGUUUCUUAUGGCCACAUUGGGGCCACCAUCCUGAGAUUUCCCUCAAUCAAGGGGAUCUAUAAAGCCUUGUCCACCUGUGGCUCCCACCUCUCUGUGGUCUUGCUAUUCUAUGGGACAAUUAUGGUGCUGUACUUUUUCCCAUCAACAAGCAACUCCAAUGGCAAAGACAUCAUUGCCUCGGUGAUGUAUACAGUGGUCACUCCCAUGCUGAACCCCUUCAUCUACAGCCUGAGGAAUAGAGAUAUGAAAGGGGCCAUGGGGAAACUUCUCAGAAGCGAGAUUUUCUUGUCCAAGUGA